AUGUCUGCGCCAGAACCCGGCGGCGCUGCGACGGAAACGCCAAAGCCCAAGUUGAAAAUCAACAUCAGCCGGUCCUCGUCCUUUGUCGGCGACGCAGCAGCAGCAGCAGCACCACCACCACCACCACCACCGCCAGCAUCUGCGACGGCGACGCCCGGCGACGGCCCACGCAAGGUGAAGCUCAAGCUCACGUCGUCGCAACCACCGACUCCCGCCACAGACCAAGCACCACCCGCCAAAACAAAGGCCGGCCGCCAGACAAAGCCGAGCCAGAAGCUCGUCGAGAGCAGAAAACGACCGCACGAUGACGACGAGGACCCGGCGCCGUCCCAGGUGGCGGUCCACCAGGCCACCAAGAUCAAGAUCCGGCCGGGCGUCAAGACGGCUCACACCCAGGUAGUGCUGAAGCCGCGGGGACGCCCGCCGGUCCACCCCCCCGGCGACGGGUACGACUCGGAAGCGAGCGACCGCGAGAUGGACCCCGCCAUCGAGGAGCAGUUCAUCCUGCGCAUGCUGCCCGGCGAGCACUGCGACUACGUGCGCUGGUGCAUGGACAACGGCAAGAUGGGCACCCCCCGAGCCCAGGGCGGCGCCGACAUGACGAUCAAGUUCUUCGACGAGGACACGCGCCGCGCCGUCGUCACCGUCAAGGGCCAGCCCUUUGCCGCCGUCAUGGUCGACCUGCCCACCAUCACCGAGUCCAUGAAGACGUGGGACCGCAAGUCCUUCAUGAAGUCGGCAGACGUGUGCCAGAUGCUGCUCGUGUUCCAGCAGGUCAAGAACGACGACGAGGCCAAGCGCGCGCCGCUGCCGGCCACGAUCGACCCCAACUUCAAGUGGCCGCACGGCAUCACGCCCCCCAUGCACGACUGCGUCAACCGCCGGUUCGCCAAGACCAUCAGCCGCAAGGAGAUUGAGGACAAGGAGGCCGAGGUGGAGCGGCUGCUCGCCGAGGACGCCAAGGCCAGCUCCACCAAGUGGGAAUGGGUCGACGACCGCCGCGACGAGGACGUCGAGCCCGGCGCCGACGAGGACGCCGAGGGCGAGGUCGACGACUCCAUGGGCUACUUUGCCGGCGGGGUGCAAAAGGACGGAGUCGCCGGCGACGACAACGACCUCGAGGCCGACUUGGAAGCUGCCUUUGCCGACGACUUGGUGGCCGAGACGCCCGGUACGGGCAUGGACAUGACUACGCCCAUGACUGCGCAGGUCGAGACGCCGGCGCCUGCCAUUCAAGAAAGCAUCGAGAAUGACGAGUCAGAGGAGGACGAGGAUGACGAAGACGACGACGACGAUGACGACGACGACGACGACGACGACGACGAUCUGGACGAGGAUCAGCGCGCUCAGAGAGACGAGGAGCAGGGCGUCAAGGAUAUCAUUCAUGAUCUGGAGAAGCAGUUGGCCAGGCGGGUGGCGGAUCUGGAAAAGACGCAAAACAAGAUUCUCCGAAUAAGAUUGGAGAAUCAGAUCAAGCAGCUGAAGUCCGAGAUUGAGCUCAAGAAGGGCUCCAUCGGCAUUGAAGUCGACGACUGA